AUGUGUACAGUGAAAGAGGAGAGCGACGACAGCCCAGCAAGAGAUGUAGCGAAGGCGAUCUUGCAAGUCCUAGCCGACUACACCGUCAAUUGCCAGAGGGGUGGACCCAUGUCGUGGGAGAAUGCGGAAGGCUUCCUCCCGACAAUCAUGAGCUUUGAUAAAACCCUAGGUGUGCUCCCCGAUCUGGGGGAGGAGUUGGCCUUGCAGCAUCUAAACGGGCUUUGCCUGAACAUCACCCAAAUAUAUUUGCCGGGGGCAGAGGUACGUAUUUCUUCAGAGGGUCUUGUACAUAACGACAUCCUCGGGGUCCCCGAUGAAGUGGUUUGGGACUAUGGCGAAGCAUUGCGCCAGAUCGCCGUGGACCAGAACCUGGCUCACAUUCGAUUCAUUCGGCUGGCCGACCUGCUGGAGCACCCCAGAUCCACGAAAGAGUUCUACGUGACGCAUGCAUCCCGCCUGCGCCGCGAGCUCACCCUGCGCUUUCAGGACCCUUCUUUCGACCCCCGGGAGGCCAUAAAUGCGGACAUGGACCUCCUCCUCACGUAUCGGGGGUACAUCAAGUUCCUAACCAAGGAUCUCGCCCAUCGCCCAAAGCUGGCCAAGUCUGAACGGGCGCGGGUCGAGGAGAUUUCGCAGACGGCGCGGCGCAUGCUUGCGCGUGGGCAGAUCUACGCCUCCGCCAUCAAGGCCCAGCGCGGGGACUAUAACGCCGCGGACGGCGGCGCCCGGCUGAUCCCCGUCAUCGACCGGCUCCUGUAUGACUACCGGGUGUGUCUGCGGCUCGCCUAG